AUUCUCAAAAGGCAAAAAUUAUAAAUUUUCAUUAACAACAACUAUCAUUAUACAUACCAAGAUCUAUGUUAUUAGCUUCAAAAAACAUAUCAUUCCUCCAAUUCAGCAAGCAUCCAUCUCACCACCUUUAGUAUGAACCUUUGGAAGAUUGGAAUGAUAUCUACAACUAGCAAGUAUUCAUGCAACUCCAUGAAUCUACCCUAAUGCUAUCGUAUGAUAGUUUCCAACUGUAACAAAGUGAUGAGCCUACCGGAAAGUGCACUUGUCGCCCCAGCGUUGCUCCUUUGAAAUUAUUUAUUUUUCAAAAUUUACAGGGCAGCAGCCAAUUAUAUAGGACACGUCAUCAAUCAACUAUAAUGCCACCUCAGCACUGGUCCCUUCUGAUCUAAGUUUUAUCCCGACACGCGUCUCACGCCCGCCGCGGACCACAGCUCCACAUUUCCCCUCCCUCGCCUCUAUAUAUGCCCUCCCAUGCCUCUUCGGAAGCCUUCGGAAAAGCUCUCCGUCUCGUCCACACUUCCUCUCUUCCGUGCUCGGCUCCUAUUCGACGAAAUCUCUAUGAGAGACCGGAAAGCAUCAUCUGCCGCGGCGGCGCCGUAUAGCCCGCCGUGGCGAUACUCCAAGCUCUCCAACUUCCUCCGCGAUCCUAUUAACCAAUCCAAUAGUGAGGACGACCUCCCCACCCCCACCUCCGCCACCGCCAGCCCCACCUACUUCUCCGAACGCAACCCCACCAGCGCCGCCAGCUCCCCGUAUGCUCUCUCCCCCUGGAACCCCGCGGCCUCCCCCUUUGCGAAGUCCCCGUGGACCCAUCUCGUCCAGCCCUCCGACGACCCCCACUCCGCCGGCCUCCUCGACUCCCUCGUCCGCGAGGAGGGUCACGUGUACUCCCUUGCCACCGCCGGCGACCUCCUCUACACCGGCUCCGACAGCAAGAACAUCCGUAUCUGGAAGGGCCGCCGCGAGUUCGGUGGCUUCAAGUCCAGCAGCGGCCUCGUCAAGGCCAUCGUCAUAUCCGGCGACAAGAUCUUCACUGGCCACCAGGACGGCAAGAUCCGCAUCUGGAAAAUUUCCCCCCAAAGCCCCGCCGUCCACAAGCGCAUCGGCACCCUUCCGAGUCUCAAAGACUUCCUCAAAAGCUCCAUCAACCCCUCUAACUACGUUGAGGUCCGGCGGCACUGGAAUGCCGUCUGGCUGCGCCAUUUCGACGCGGUUUCUUGCCUCGCCCUCGACGAGGACGCGGGUCUCCUCUACUCCGGCUCCUGGGAUAAAACCCUAAAAGUCUGGAGAAUUUCCGACUCCAAGUGCUUGGAAUCGAUCAACGCCCACGAGGACGCCAUCAAUGCGGUGGCGGCGGCGGGGUUCGACAGGCUGGUGUUCACCGGUUCCGCCGACGGGACGGUGAAGGUGUGGCGCCGGGAGUGGGUAAAUAGGGGCGGCGCCACCCGGCACGUGGCGGUGCAGACGCUGCUCCGGCGGGAGAGCGCCAUGACGGCACUGGCGGUUGUGCCGGCAGCGGGGGGGACCGUGUACUGCGGGUCGUCGGACGGGCUGGUGAACUUCUGGGAGAACCGCGGCGCCGGCCGGCCGCCUGCUCACUGUGGGGUGCUCCGCGGGCACAAGAUGGCGGUGCUGUGCCUCGCGGCCGCCGGGAGCUUGGUGGUGAGCGGGUCGGCGGACAAGACGCUGUGCGUGUGGCGAAGGGAGAAGAGCGGGGACCAUACAAAGCUCGCGAUAUUGGCCGGCCACGCGGCGCCCGUCAAGUGUGUGGCCAUCGAGGAGGACCAGAGCGGUGGGCCCGCGGGCCCGCGCUGGGUGGUGUACAGUGGGAGCCUGGACAAGUCCGUCAAGUUGUGGCGGGUGCCGGAGCGAGCAUCCGAGUUGGUCGUGCGGACGCCGCAGCACGUGCGGGUCCGACCCGAGGCGGAGCUUCGGCGCUCGCCCCCGCACGUGCGAGGGCAGAGCGGGACGUACCGGCGGAGCAACGGCACUGGCGGGGCCGGGAAGGGCUACUCUUCGCCGGUGUUCUCGGAGUUGAAAGAGAGGAGGGCCAGCGUGCGGGCUGCCUCUUGAACACGUGCGGGAUGUUGAUGCCCUCUAUGUGGUAGAGGAAAGAUUUAAGAAAGAUGUAUAUACCAGCCGGAGAUGCUUUGUUUUUGAUGUACAGAAUAGCAGAGAUUGGGUUGAUGUUAGAAAGGUGUGGAUAAAAACAAUGAUAGAGAAAUGUCUUGAUGCGUGUACCCAAUAGUAGAGAUUUGUAUACAUGGUUAAGCGUUUUGAUGGAUUUGAGAUUUGAGUUUGUAUCAUGCUACUGCAAGCAAAAUUUUGAUUUACACCGCCCUCUCUUUACUUUUU